AUGGGCCGCCUUGUUCGUCUCGAGGUCGAGAAUUUCAAGUCGUACCGCGGCCAUCAGGUCAUCGGGCCCUUUUCCGGCUUCACUGCGGUCGUCGGUCCCAAUGGCGCCGGAAAAUCCAACUUGAUGGAUGCAAUCAGCUUUGUGCUGGGCGUGCGCUCGACGCACUUGCGCUCGUCGCAGCUGAAGGACCUAGUUUACCGCGGCCGGACUGUGGAGACACGCAACGGGAAUGUCAUCGACGAGGCCGGAGACCAGGACAGUCGCCGCGCCUGGGUGAAGGCCGUUUACGAGGACGACAACGAGCGCACUAUAAACUUUCAGCGCACUAUCACGCCCGCAGGUGACAGCGAGUACCGGUGCAACGGCCGGCUUGUGUCUCUGCAGACAUACAACCAGGCGCUCGAGUCGCAAAACAUCCUGGUCAAGGCAAAGAACUUUUUGGUGUUCCAAGGCGAUGUGGAGGCCGUCGCUUCGCAGUCUCCCAAGGACCUGACUCUGCUUAUCGAGCAGAUCAGCGGCUCGUGGGAGCUGCACAGCGAGUACAGCGAGCUCGAGAAGCGCCAGGACGCGGCUGCCGAACGGUCAACCUUUGCCUACAACAAGAAGCGCGCAGUUGCGGCCGAGAUGCACUCGAUACUGGAGCAAAAGAAGGAGCUAGAGCUGUACGAGAGCAAGGUGCAGCUGCGCACAAAGAUGACAGUCGAGCACAUGCUGCACAAGCUGUUUGCCUCGCAGCAGCAUGCGAGCCUCGACGCAUCGUUGCAGACGCAACAGAAGCUGCAGGCUAAGGCGUACAAGUCAGUCAAUCGCCAGGAGCGCCAGAUCAAGCUUGUCGAGCAGAACAUUGAAGCGCGUCAGCCCAAGCUCGCGGGGCUAGCCGAGAAGGUUGCGUAUGCGCAGCGCAAGGCCAAGCAGCUCGAGGAGAAUGUCGAAGCAUCCGAGGCGGAUGCACUAGACAACGAGCACACGCGCGUUAAAAGUGCUGAAUCGCGCUUCGAGCAAGAGAACCAGGGCACCUCCAGUGCGCAGCUCAGCGACGAAGUUAUGGCCGAAUACAACCACUUGUCAGAGCAGCUGCGCAGCACGUCGGUCGAAGACACGCACCGCCGCGACGUGCUGGAUCGCCAGAUACAGCUGCUUGCCGAGGCGGCCAGGCGCGCGUCCGACAAGAUCGAGGACUUGCAGUCUACGCGCGAAGGGCUGGCGGCGUCGGAGCACGCAUAUGCGCAGCAGCUCCAGGGAGCAACCGUUGAGAUGCGCGGCAUCGAGCAGGAAAUGCAACAGGCCAGGCGCGAUGCUGAGGCGGCCAAGGCUGAGCACAAGCGGCUGGUGGGGCUCGAGAUCGAGCUGAGCGAAAAGCUGGCGGGUGUUCUCAAGGAGCUAGCACAGGCGCGCGCAGAUCAGCGCGAGUCAGCCCGCGAGGCGAAGCUGCGCGACACGGUCAGCGCGUUGCAGCGCAUGUUUACAGGCGUACACGGGCGGUUGGCCGAGCUGUGCCGGCCGACGCAGCACAAGUACGAUGUCGGCGUGGCAACGGUGCUUGGAAGGCUGAUGGACGCCAUUGUCGUCGACCGUCAGGCCACAGCGCUCGAGUGCAUUGCGUACAUGAAGGAGCAGCGCGCAGGGCAGGCGACCUUUCUUCCACUCGAUGCACUGCAGCCCGCGCCCGUUGGGGACGCUCUGAGGCACGCGCACCGUGGGGCGCGGCUGGCCACAGACGUGCUUCAGUACGACCCAGCGAUUGAGGCGGCUGUUCUGCACGCAUGCGGCAGUGCGUUGAUUUGCGACACAGUCGAGGUCGCGCGCUACAUCGCCUAUGAGCAGCAGCUAGACGCCAAAUCGGUGGCUCUCGACGGUACUGUUAUUCACCGCAGCGGGCUGAUUACCGGCGGAACAGCGGCCAACGGCGGCCAGCGCGCACAGACCCAGAGAUGGGAGGCAGCCGCAGUCGAGGGCAUGCGCCGUGCUCGGGAUCGGCUCACCGAAGAGCUGCAUGAGGUUGCGCGUGAGCGGCGCAGGCUUGCAAAGGACGAUAUGUUAGGAAGCCGCGUCGCUGGGCUGCAAACGCGUCAUCAGAUUGCUCGCGAGACUGUCGAUGGGCUGACUCGCAAGGCACAGGGCGUGGCCACUGAGCGCAAGCAUGCCGAGAUGCAGCUGUUGGCAGCCAAGCCCGUGGCAGCGCAGGCGGCCGAGCAGCUGCAAGCCGCGCGCGGCGAGCGCAAUGAAGUGAGCGCGCGUAUCCACGCCACAGCACAGCCGAUCUUUGCCAGCUUUUGCGCGCAUCUUGGAAUCAGCAGCCUCGAUUCAUUUGAAAAGCAACUUCUGCCAGCCACAGAGGCCAGCGACGAGCGGCGGCUGCAGUUCACAACGCAUCUUGCACGACUGGACACCCAGCGUGCAUUUGAGCGUCAGCAGCUCGAGGCAAUUGAGUCACAGCUCUCACAGUUGGUGCAAGCACUGCAGGCUGUGCGUGAGUCGCUGGCGGCGCUACAGACUGAGCUCAGCACCGAACAGCAGCAGAUGUCUGACAGCGUCGCCCAGAUCGAGACCCUGCGCGCCGAGCUGGUCGAGCUGCGUCACAAGUAUGGCGACGCCAGUGACAGCGUCCACUCAGCACGCCGCAGUGUCGAGCAGGGCCAGCGUGCGCUCGAUGCUAUGAGCAAGGAGCUCGGUGCAAGGGCCACCGAGUUGGAGCGCGCUGCCGCCGACCGUGCAGCCGUCCUGCGCCGUUGCAAGAUCGAAGACAUCCCGCUGCCGCUGCGCCAGGGAUCGCUGCAAGCCCUGCCGCUGGAGGCUGGGCCAGCUCGGAGACACAUGCAGCUGAGCACGCAGGCGUCUGCCAGCAUGGCCGACGUCAACGACGAGGAUAUUGUCGUUGACUACUCAUCACUUCCUUCGCAAGCACGCAGCGGCGCGGCCGCGGCUGUCGAUCAGAAGUAUGCCGAAGAUCUGGCACGGCUGGCUACUGAUAUCGACGCGCUUAACCCGAACCCGCACGCGCGCGAGCGUCUCGAGGCUGCGCGAGCACGCCUGCAUAAUAUCGACACUGAACACAACGCGGCCAGGCAGGACGCGCGCGAUGCCAAGGUUGAAUUUCAGACGGUGCGGCGGCGGCGGCACGACACAUUUAUGCGGUGCUACACCCACUUGGCCACGGCAAUUGACCAUGCAUACAAGGCUCUGACGCAGAGCCCGAUGUUCCCGCUGGGCGGCACUGCGUAUCUUGCGCUGGAAGACCCAGAGUCGCCGUAUCUCGCUGGCGUGAAGUACCACGCGAUGCCACCACUCAAGCGUUUCAGCGACAUGGAGCAGCUUAGUGGCGGCGAGAAGACCGUUGCUGCCCUGGCGCUACUUUUCUCGCUCCAAACAUUCCGCCCAGCACCGUUCUUUGUGCUUGAUGAGGUUGAUGCUGCUCUCGACCCGCUCAAUGUGGCCAAGCUGGCAAACUAUCUGCGUGAGCAUGCCCGCGGCACAGCCAAUGCUCCGGGGGCUGACUCUAAUGCUGAUGCCGAUACUGAGGAGGAGGCGGAUCCUGCUGAGGAAGCCAUCGAUCCCGAAGCCUCGCACUACUCGCUGCGUCAGAGCACGCGCAUCAAGAAGCCCGCAGCAGUGUUGGCAGGGGCAGCCGCUGCUGUUUCCCCUGUUUCCCCUUUGGCUGGCGACUUCCAGUUCAUUGUCAUUUCGCUCAAGCAGGAGCUUUUCGAGCGCGCGCAAACGCUUGUCGGCAUUUACCGGGACCAGCCGCAGAACAGCUCGCAGGUGCUUACAAUUGAUCUGGAACAGUUCGCAUCUUGA